ACCACAAGGACACGCACAAGGCGCGGGUGCAGUGUCCCGAGUGCGACAAGAACUUCAGCCACAGAGCCGGCCUCAUGAACCAUCGCCUUGCAGUGCACGAGCUACAGAACGCGUUCCCCUGCACCGUGUGUGAAAAAGUGUUCCGAUGGAAGGCCAGCCUGAAGCGACAUAUGGAGAAACAUCACGUUAAGGACAAGAUGGCGUCGGCGGCGUACUGCGCCGCGUGCGGGAUCAGCUUCUCGUCCGUGUGCUCGUACCAGCGGCACAUGAAGAACAGCCUCAAACAUGUCACCCAGGAACAGCUCAGAUUUAUCUGCGACCAUUGCAACAAGCGUUUUGCGGACAAGACUAAACUUCGGGACCAUAUAGAAGAAAAACAUUUACACAGAACCUACCAGUGCCACAUAUGCCAUAAGCCAAGUAAGAACCGAGUGGGACUCGACCAACACAUUCGGAACGUGCACCGCGGCCGGCCCAACAACAAAAUGUGCCACCACUGCGGUAAAGGAUUCCCGACCAAGGUCCAAUUGGAGUCUCACAUAAGGACACACACCGGCGAGCGGCCGUUCAUAUGCGAGUUCUGCCCCACCACCUUCUCGCAGCAAUCCAACCUCUACAAACACAACAGACAGGUCCAUCUCAACAUCAAGUCCAAACGCUACCCGCUCUGCAAAAAAACCAAGCAGGAGGAAAUGAGACCUCAAACCGUGGAGGACUUCCGCCCCGUCGCUGUGCUGCACUUCGAGCCCGAGCGAGGGUUUCUAUGAACUGUCAAUUUGUAGAUUAUAUAAGUAUUCA